AUGGGUUGUUCAAGCAGCGGUUUGGCAAACCAAGAAGAAAUUGUUGAAGACUGGCUUGAGAAGUUUAGCCAUUGGGAAGUUGUCAGACAUGACAUUGUGUUCCCUGUCAGAUUUUUUGGUCAAGUUGAAAUACAUCCCUCUGGAUCGCGGAAAUGGGUUGGUGGGGAGGUUGUACAAGCUCUAGCAUAUGAUGUUCCUAUUCCAGGAUACAAAACCAAGAACACUAUUAAUCUUCAUCUGUGGGAAGCCAAAGCUGGUGCUGAAGACUUCAACCUCUUUCAAUUUAAUGAUGGACAAUAUGAAUCGGCUGCACAGCUCCAUUCUAGAGCUCAGCAGGACAUGAUUGUCAGAUUUAAGGAGAGAAAAGAUGGAAAGAGCUCGUGGCAGUGGUCUAAAUUUCCCAAUAAGGUUGCGGUACAGCUGAAUGAUACGCAUUCUACUCUUGCAAUUCCAGAGCUAAUGCGAUUACUAAUGGAUGAUGACGGACUUGGAUGGGAUGAAGCUUGGGAUGUGACAACAAGGACAAUUGCUUAUACAAAUCAUACUGUCCUUCCUGAGGCACUGGAGAAAUGUUCGCAAGCUGUUAUGUGGAAACUUCUUCCUCACCAUAUGGAAAUCAUUGAAGAAAUCAACAAGAGGUUUAUAGCAAUGAUACGUUCAACAAAUCCAGAACUUGAAAGUAAGCUUUCCAGCAUGCGUGUUAUGGAUAAAAAUCCCCAAAAACCAGUUGUGCGGAUGGCAAAUUUAUGCGUGGUGUCUUCACAUACGGCAUGAGCUCCCUUCUUUGUGGAUCAACAAACAGAUUAUAUUGUGUACCCCCAUAAUCUAAAACUCUUAUGAGAAUUACCGAGUGAUAGUUGUUGAAAAGCUAAAAGCAGAAAAUUGUAUUAAACCAUUAAUAAGUUUUCUUGAGAACAUCUCCGUACUGAAUAUUGAUUUUUUUUUCUUUUCUUAUUGUUAAACUACCAUUUUUAUGUUGAUUUGGGAGCUACAGUAAUUUUAAUUUCCAACUAGAUAUAGACCAUACUAUCAAAAGCUAAAAAAUCCUGCUGAUUGAAUCAUGUUGUCCCCUUGACUUACUAUUAUUGUUAUAUUGCUUCCUUGCCUUUAUUUAGUCGUAUGCCCGUAGUCCUGCUCAUUUGUUAAGCCCUUGAUCCAGUAAUCCUUUACU